CAGCAAUCAUUAUUAUCAAAAUCACGAUAGACAAGAGAGGUGAAAGUGACUGCAGACCAGACGGCAAUGGCAACACACUGGCAAUAUGCGGAAUCCUUCGGCGAAACGAACCUUCAGAUGUUUGAAAAUGAGGAUCUAUGUGACAUCACAUUAGCAGCCGGAAAUGAGCAGAAACAGAUCAAAUGUCACAGAUUCAUUCUCGCCAGCCGUAGUCCAGUUUUCUAUGCCAUGUUCUGUGGUACAUUGGCCGAAUCCAAAAAUGUUAUUUGCGUUCCAGAUAUUGAGCCAGCGACACUGAAAAAUUUAUUACGGUAUCUGUACAGCGGUAAUAUCGAAAUACAUGCUGAGACAGUUCUUUGUCUGUUGUACGCUGCUAAGAAAUACGACAUGCCUAAGCUGGAAUCCCUUUGCAUGUCAUUCCUCAAUGAAGGAAUUGAUACCGAAAGCGUUUGCACAAUCCUCGACCAGGCCAUAUUGUUUGACGACGAAGGGCUGAAAUCUAAAAGUUUGGACCUUAUAAUGACGAAGUCCGAGAGCGUUUUAAAAUCAAAUGCGUUUGUUGAAAUGUCAAAGUCUGGAUUACAGGAGAUACUUAAACUAGACGCAUUCAGUACCAGUGAGUGUGAACUGUACGUUGGAUGUAAACGCUGGGCUGCUCAGCGAUGUAGAGACGCUGGGAAACAGGCAACAGGUGAACAAAUAAGGCGGGAGCUUGGAGAUGAGCUCAUUAGCCUCAUUAGGUUCCCGACCAUGACAAUGGACGAGUUCAACGAUGUUGUAUCAACUGAAAACGUAUUAAACACAGAGGAAUUACUCAGCGUGUAUCGCAGUAUUACACAAAACAAAUGCGUCUCAAAAUGUAUAAACAAUCCUCGAUUUGGUUUUACAAGAUGUUUGUUUGUAAGAUGUGUACGCGUUGACAGCCCUAGGCAACGUGGGUAUUUGACACUAUGGGGGGGUAGGCCGCAUGUCCUCUAUUUUACAGUGUCUAAAGACUGUUACCUGACUGCAGUGGAUAUGUUUUUGCCGGAUUCUGAAGAUUCUGCGACUGGUGUGCUCGAAGUCAUUGAAGGUACUACAGUAAUACAUUCUCAGAAUAUUGCGUUGCAUUACCACGAAGGCAUUGAGCAUUUGCUCGUUAAUUUAGAUACUAGUAUUCAUCUUCAUGAGUCGCUUAAAUAUUCUGUAAGAAUGCAAAUGAAAGGUUCACGUGGGUUUUGUUGUGCUUCAGCUAGAAACAGUAUAACGAUGGAUGGUUUGACUAUGACGUUUAUUGACUUUAUGUCACUUAAUGAUACUAACGUUUCAAAAGGGCAGUUUUAUGGGUUUGAACUUUUAAUCAAAACAAACGAACAAAAUACUGCAAAAUGAUAUCAAAUCUAUUUAUGAAAGUACGUCUCACUGUAUGGUCCUUGUAUAAGAGUAGUGAUACGUAAAUAAAAUAAUAUCCUUUUGUGUACGGUCAUAUAUUAACGGAAUGAAUUGUAAUUGAGCUACGUUAUAUGACAUUGAUAAUUAUGUGAGUAUCUUGAAUCAGAUACAUAUGCAAAAUAUAUUAAAACAUGGUUAUGGCAAAAGCUGCGUUCAGUUUUUGUCAGGUGUUAUGUUCCUUCCCUAAUAUAUACAAAGUGAAACUCCAGCUUUAUCAGCAGGACAUACAUUUUAUUAUAACAUGUGAUCCUAUAUUUAUUUAGUCGAAAUGAACAGCAUAACAUAAAUUGUUUUAAUCAAUUACUAUUUUCAAGUACCAUUCGAUGAUGUAACUUCACAUAUGAACUACAUUUUUUAGCCGGAAAAUCAUGUAAGAGUGAUAUGUUUUUAUUAAAUAAGCACGUAUUUGUAUUUUUAUUAUUGGUAAAACCAAGCUCAUAUCAUAUCGCGUUAUAAGUUGCAUUGAUCUUCCAAUAAACAACAAGUCAUUAUUGAUUUUAUAUUGACAAAGAGGAAUUUAUAAUAUGUAAGUGUCAUUUAAAUAAAAUACGUUAUGAACUGAAUGAAUGCAUAACGCUCUGUUGAAAAUUUAACGUUUAAUUGUAUGUGCAAUAUUUUGCACUAUGUAGAUGAUAUGUAUUACUUUAUCGUUUACAAAGAUAAGAAACGCCAUGUUAAACUAUCUUAUAACUAGAUUAAUACUUAAUAUUUGAUAUGUAUUGACACAUUAUAACACACGCGUCCCCGUUCUUUGUGUUAACCACAUGACACAGUUGAACAACAAAGCGCCUAAAUGUGACCUGGUAACAGGAUAGCUUCAUUGUAUACAAUAGUUUGUUGUCCAGUCUAUUCGACUAAAUUAUUCGGAUAAGAUAAUGAAUAAACACAUCGCCGGAGCCCACAGUAUUACACAAUAGGUUCAACAUUGUCCUCGUAAAUAUUCAGUGCAAAUCUAAAGAUAAUCGUAGCCGAUUCUAAAAUUAGCUAAUACAUAGUGAGCACUUUUUGAUAUGGAUAAUUUAAGGCAUCUGUUUAUAUAUUGAUGUAUAAAACACCCAUAUCAUCAAAAGUAUAACUGUAACAGCUCAAACACUGUUAGGGUAUUGCUACAUAUUUGGAAAAUCGUUUUUUUUUAUGUUUUAUUCAUAUUUUGUUUUGCAGAAUUGUGCGUAUAAAUGCGAAUGUCCAAAUGUG